UUCCUCCCUUCUUCGUCACAAAAUCCUCCCCACAAAAUCAUCACACCCUAAGAAUUCAAUGGAGGUCGAAGUGGUGGCACCGCUCCCUGCGGCGGAGUUCAACUUCGACAGCUCAUGCUCAUCGCCGUACAUAACUGCUCCUUCAAGCCCUCAACGCUCUGGUGGCAAUCUCUUAUUAUUUACUGCUCCAGCAAGUCCUUCUCACGACUCUUAUGAUGACCUCAACGACGUCUCUCACGUCGCCGGCUCUUCCUCGGCAGUCCCUUUUGAUUGGGAGCCGAAUCAGGGUACCCCAAAAAGAAAAGGCUUUGAUGGCAGAGAUCAAAGCAACGAUGAUGAUGAUUUCGAGUUUAAUUUCAGUGGACCGCUGGAGAGAACCUCAUUGUCGGCUGACGAGCUUUUUGAUGGCGGGAAGAUUAAGCCCCUUCAACCACCGCCUCCUGUGUUCGAACUAGCGGUGGAGAACGGUUGUUAUCCGCCGCAACAACAACAAGGAGGAAGGGAAAGAAAAUCUGGGGUUUCAUUUUCAUCUUCAUUAGCAUCACCAUCACCUUCGAGCUAUAAUUACAAUUACGUUCACAAGAAAAGUAGAUCGCUGUCACCUUCAAGCUCUUUACAUUCACAAAUACAAUGCGAAAACCCCAUUGUUUUUUCCACGAAUCGGAACCCCAAAUCUUACGUUUCGUCCAUCUUUUCGGCCAUUUCGUUUCCAAAAGGUAACAAGAAAUGGAAAUUAAAAGAUUUUCUGUUGUUUAGGAGUGCAUCGGAGGGCAGAGCAACGAGCAUCAAAGAACCGUUGAGGAAAUACUCUGUUUUGGGUAAGAAAGAGGCUGCUGAGGACAUAAAAAAUGCGAGCUUCAGGUCGAGUGAGUCGGUGGCGAGUUUGAAGCGGAGAGCGCAUCCGGUUUCGGCGCACGAGCUGCAUUACACGACGAACCGGGCGGUGACGGAAGAGAUGAGGCGUAAGACUUUCUUGCCUUACAAACAGGGACUGCUUGGUUGUUUGGGUUUCAACCCUGGAAUGCAUGAGAUUUCCAGGGGUGUUGGGUCUUUGACACGUGGAUAGAU